GUUAGCAGAACAGCGAGUGACCUCGAUCAGAGAAGAACUCGAAGACCUCAAAAAAUUUAUCGGCAAAAUCCGGCCAAGCUUCUCACCUGGCCUUCUCCAUGGCGACAUCUUCACCUCUUCAUAUCUCUGCUACGCCGUCGUUGGCCGUCGGCAGCUCAAAGUCAUCGUUCCUUUUCGGUACCCAUCUCCCUUUCCCCUCCUCUCGCCCAAGAACUUCAUAUCGCAGAUACUUUCUUUCUCCCUCUGCCAAAAAAUCGAUGGACCACAUUCCUAAGCAAUUCAGAGAAGAGAAUCUCAAAGAUGGCUUGAUGGAGAACUACGAGAACGUUCCUCAAUCACUUUAUGGCCUUACACCUUCACAACUGGACAUGUUCAUGACAGAAGAUAAUCCUGUCAGGCGACAGUCAGAAUUAGUUACUGAGGAAAGCAUCUCAUCCGCCCACAGCUAUUUGAAUAAUGGUGGAAUGUGGAGUCUAUCAGGCAUGGAUGGAAAAAAGGGUCCAUCAAAAUAUAGUAUGAGCGCUAGUAUGUAUCGUGGGGGAGGAAGGGGAUAUGGGCGACGCCAAUCAGCUCCUCCUGAUUUGCCUUCUUUGCUCUUGGACGCUCGUAUAGUCUAUUUGGGCAUGCCUAUCGUACCAGCAGUGACUGAGCUUCUUGUUGCUCAGUUUAUGUGGCUAGACUAUGAUAACCCAUCAAAGCCUAUAUAUCUCUACAUAAACUCUCCGGGGACGCAGAAUGAGAAGAUGGAGAAUGUUGGAUUCGAAACUGAAGCAUAUGCUAUAGCAGAUAUGAUGGCUUAUUGCAAACCUGAUGUCUAUACUAUAAACUGCGGAAUGGCAUUCGGUCAAGCAGCAAUGCUUUUGUCACUUGGAACCAAGGGUUACCGUGCUGUCCAGCCUAACUCCUCCGCUAAACUGUAUCUGCCUAAAGUUAGUAGAUCAAGUGGUGCGGUCAUAGAUAUGUGGAUUAAGGCCAGAGAACUCGAUGCCAACACCGAUUACUAUAUCGAGCUAUUAGCUAAAGGAACUGGUAAACCCGCGGAAGAGAUUGCUAAAGAUGUUCAACGACCCAAGUACUUCAGUCCCCAAGAAGCCAUUGACUAUGGCCUUGUAGACAAGAUAAUCAGCUCGCGGGAUUCUGCGUUCGAAAAGAGGAACUACGACGAUAUGCUUGCGCAGUCGAGAGCCAUGAGGAAAGGAGCCGGAGGCAAUCCACAAGCCGCGCCAUCCGGGUUGAGGUAAUUCAAGUGUAGAAAUAGAAGGAUACACAACCCCACUCUUUCAUAGCUAGCUGCUACCCCCUGGAUGGGCUUUAUAAUUCUUUCUUUCUUGGGGUGGGGUGUUUUGGUUUACUUCUGAAGGACUUGACUAAUGAAUGAACAUCAGCAAUGUGAUCUUUAUAGCCGGUUUGUAUAUUGAAAAACUCUCUCAUUUAGGUUUAGUUCUGUGUUUUUAAGGUUAUUAUGAUUUUGUGAUGUUUACUCACACUUGCU